CUGUUGAGGAAAGUAAAAUAUAUUCAUAUUUGUAAAUAAUACACCUAUACACAAAUAUAAUUUAUACUGUAUUUGCACUUGUCCGCGAAGAAUUCUCUGAAGGGUGUUCUUAUAAUCGCGUACCUGCUGUAGUAGAAGAAACAGUCUGCAGUUUUCCUCGUUUUUAAAAUAAACGUGACAUUAUCAUUAUUUGUAUAUAGUACAUGUGCGAGGCAUUACAACAAAGACACUCAUACAGAUAAAAAUGAUGAAUCAAAGCGAGCCGACCCUCAGUCGCGGUUAAAUCGUCCGAGUGUCGGCUGAAUUUUUGAAAAUGGAACUAAGGAGCUUCGCGCAGAUUCUAUUCUGCGCGAUCUUAGUGCUCCUCGGCGUUUCGGGCGAUGACAGUCCAGUGGUCGAAACGAGCCUUGGUAAAAUUAAAGGCUCGUUUAUGACCAGCAGAUUGGGCAAACAGAUCUACUCGUUUAGAGGCAUUAGGUAUGGAAAACCACCCAUUGGGGAACGUCGCUUUAAGGUACCAGAACCGAUCGAUGCGUGGACAGGUGCCUUCGAUGCCUCGGAAGAAGGUCCAUCCUGCAUCCGACCAGCCGGUAGGAAUCUUUCGGAAGAUUGUCUCGCAUUGAACAUCUACACGACCAAGCUUCCAUCGAAAUCCAACGCAGUGAAGCGGCCAGUGAUAGUAUUUUUCCCACCCGGAGGCUUUACCGGUUACUCAGCUCAGAGCUACCUAUGGGGACCACAGUACUACCUGGAUCAGGAUAUCGUCCUGGUCACCGUCAAUUAUCGCCUAUCGGCUUUAGGUUUCAUCAGUACCGGGGAUGAACACGCCCCGGGAAACUUGGGUCUCAAGGAUCAGGUCGUGGCUCUGCGUUUCGUGCGGGACCACAUCGCGCGAUUCAGCGGUGACCCAAAUUCCGUGACCAUCAGCGGAUGCAGCGCCGGAAGUUGGAGCGUCAUCCUGCACAUGCUGUCGCCGAUGUCGCGUGGUCUCUUCCACAAGGCCAUCGCCAUGAGCGGCUCACCCUUGAAGCCUAAGCUUCUCCCGAGCGAUAUGUCCGACGUGGCUAAGAAGCAGGCGUCCUUUGUCGAUUGUCCGGUCGACGAUCUGGACAAGAUGUUCGAGUGCCUGAAGAAGGUGCCGGCUCAGCAGUUUGGUGCCACCCUUUCGCGUUUCAACGAGUUUUACGGAGAUCCCAUUCUGAUAUUCUCUCCGGUGGUCGAGCCUAAAAUCGAAGGCGUCGAGAGGUUUCUUCGCGCUCAGCCGGUUGACAUAAUUAGAUCGGGCGAUUUCAAUCACGUGCCGCUAAUCACGGGUGUCACCAAGGACGAGAUCGUCGGCACUGCCUUGAGAGCAGCGGAGGCAGCACAGAAGGGAAACACGUCGUACUUUGACGACCUGAACGCCGAGUGGGAAAGAGUGGCCCCGAUUAGCUUCCAGUACGAUCGCACCGGCGAGCAGUCCGUCCAAGCCAGCAGAGCCUUGAAAAAGUUUUACUUCAACGAUGAACCCGUCAGUUUUAAAAAUGUCGAUAAACUCGCUCAAGCUUACGGUGACGCUAUCGUCGGGUUCCCGGUUCAUCGUUCGGCUACGCUGAUGGCCAAGUACAACACCAAACCCGUGCACUACUACAAAUUUGUUUAUCAAGGUAGAUACAGUUAUCAGACGUGGAGCGAAACCAAGAAGCCUUACGGCGUAGUACAUCACGACGAUCUCAUCUACGUUUUUUACAUCUCAUAUGCUUUUCCGUUCUUUGACAAAGACGCACCGGAAACACCGAUGGUCGAGAAGAUGACGUCUAUUUGGGCCAAUUUUGCCAAGACCGGCGAACCAAUACCCAAGAAUAACGAUCUAUUCAAAAAAGUCAAAUGGAACGUGCUCACACCGGAAAACCACAAGUACCUGGAGAUAAAUGAUACCUUCGCAAUGAAAGCGAACUUGUUUGCUGACCGAUAUGAGCUUUGGGGUAGACUUUUUCCAUUACCAACUUAUCAGAAGCCUGAAUGUUAGAUAUUCAGAAAAUUAUUUAUUGUUUAGUAUUACGUGUAUAUAUAAUACUCUAAAAUAAAGGAGAAAAUUUAGAGAAGAAUGUUCAAAAUAGGAUAGAGCACGUUAAGCUCAACAGCGUGAGAAGCGUAGCACCAAUUGUGUUUAUAUUGCUAAAAAUAUAUGUAGAUGCGUAUAAUAUGUUCUAUAUUUCUACCGCAGAAACAAAAAUGUUCCGCGUUUCAUCAAAUUGGCUUUUUCUCAUGCUCAAAAGUAAUGUUAUUUGAAAUCUUCGCAUACUUUAAAAUUUAUUUAAUACAUAAUCUGAGGACCCAUUUCUUUAAUUCUGGUUUACGAAAUUGAAAUACAUGAUUAUCUAAAAAAUUUCAUGCAUGAAAAAAGCUCUUUCAUGCCCCUUGUUGGGUGAAAAAUACGGUGUUCCCACGAAGGAAGAAAAGUUAACUUUGAAUAUGGCCUUUCCUAUGCCUGAAAGCAGUCAUAGGCGCUUAUCUAGAUAAUAUAUUAUUUUUUUAAAUAUGCAUAAGGGCUGAUAACACUAAAAUUAGCGUUAAAUAAUGGUUAGAUAUAAUUUUGAAUGAAGCUUAAAUAAAAUGUAAAAGUAAUUAAUUUUAAAAUACAACGUAGAAUAAAUGACUUUCAAUUGUAAGAUAUGGAUACAAAACAUUAAAAAAUUAAUUUUUAUUCGUUCAUCAUAGAUAAUGCUAGCCUUGACUAAUAUUACAAAUUGUUUUUAUAUCACAGGUAGACUAUUUUUCAAUAUUUUUAUUAAAAUCAAGUAAAACU